AUGACACGAAUACGCUUGUAUCAAGCAAUUCUUGGUGGACUCCGUUCCUUUCACUAUUCUUCAACUCGUCUUUCCACAUUUGUCUCAUCAACAACUCCUUACUCCGACAAAUACUACAAGCCAAUUAUUACUGAAGGGGCAGCAGGGUUUGACAAGUUGGUGAUUCCUAAAGAUUUCUGUGCCGACAAUCAGUCCCUAACAACUGAAAGCCAGGAGCAGUUGGAGGAAAUAGUUGAUACAUUUGAUGCGGAUAUCUGUGCUGCGGUAGGCUAUGGGUCCGGAAUUCUUCCCCAAAAUGGCUACGAUAAACCAGAUAAAGAAAAGCAGUUGGACUUUAUCUAUCUAGUCAAUGAUACUGCCAAGUUUCAUGCACAAAAUGUCAAGCAAAACCCUUCACACUACGCUACUAAAUCACAGACAUUUAUCAACAUAUUGCAAGGUAGUGGCAUAUACUUUAAUCCUUAUAUUCUGAUAAAAGAAAAGUUGACCAAAUACGGUAUAACAUCGACUAAGUCAGCGUUUAUGGAUCUAAGUGAAUGGAGCUCGUUAUACUUUGCUGGGAGAUUGCAAAAACCGGUAAAUUACAUUAAAGACGACGAUAUGUUGAGAUUUCUCAAUCAAUAUAAUUUGAAGAAUGCCAUGACCAUAGCCAUAUUUCUCAUUCAAACAAACCAAUUCACCGAAAAGCAAUUGUACGAACAAAUAACUAGCAUAUCAUAUUUGGGAGACUUUAGGAUGUACAUUGGAGGAGAAAACCCAAACAAGGUGAAAAACAUUGUGUCGAAACAGUUUCACCAUUUUAAAAAGUUGUAUGACCCAAUAUUGCAAUACUUUGUCCGAAGAAACUAUCUCGUCAUUACGGACAAUGAUGCAACUAACCGCACCUUUAAAACUAAUCUCACUACAAGCACCAGAAUCAACUUGAUAUCUAGUCUACCAUUAAAAUUUCGCACUCAACUUUACAGCAAAUAUCCAGAAUCGUCUGUCAAGGAAAUAGCUAGAGACGAAAAGCUACCUGAGAAUAUCAAAAACUUGAUCACCUCCACCAUAGUAUAUAGCUCGAUCAUUCAAGGGUUUAAAGGCUUGUUUACAGCAGGGCUAUUAAAGUCGUUGAAAUACUCUCUAGCCAAACGUAGAAAAAGCGUUUAA